GACCCGGAAGUGAGCUGGGCGGGAUCGUUUUGUUUACAUCAGAGCGGCACGUUGUUGUUAGUUGUUGUUAGUUGUUGUUAGUUGUUGUUUGUUGGUGACUCGGUAAUAAGACCGGCAAUGAGGAUCUGAUGGAGUCCCUGCAGCUGUUCCUGGAUCAGUUCCCGCCCUACGGAGAGGCCGAGUCUCUGUGGCUGCAGCAGAUUUUCAGCUUCGUCUCAGAUCACCUGUUUCCGGUCCUCACUGGCCCCGCCCCUCCUGCAGAUGACCCCUUACUGACAGGUGUGUGUCAACUGAGUGUGUGUGUGGUGAAGCAGCUCCAGCAGAGUUGUGUCACACACAGCUUACCUGUCAGCUACAGGCCGGUGUGUGUGUCCGAGCUGCUCUCACGGCAGCACCUGCCCUGCUGCAGUCACCUGUCCUGGAGCACCCAUCAGCAUCGAGCGUGGGUCAGGGAGGCGGAGCUCUCAGUGCCAGGUCAGCAGGCUCUGCCACGGGUCAGCCUGCUGCUGAUUGGCUGUCUGAGGGAGGGGCGGGGCGGAGAGUGGAGGCUGACCGACGCCAGCGGCAGCGUCAGGUGUGAGUGCAUGUCUCCCUCUCCUCUGUGGCUGAACCGUCCUGUCUUCCUGCCCCACUGGAACUAUCCCCACAAUGCCAUAGGGCAGGAGGAGGCCGGGGGCUGGGUGGAACUGAUUGGACCUCCUGUAGUGCUGUGUCGUGGAGCUGAGGAGGGAUUGGCUGUCGGCCCUGAUAGAGGGGCGGGGCUUAGCGGAGUGGUUGGAGUCAGAGAGGCAGCGGACUUUCUGAAGAACAGGACUCGGGGGCAGCGUGUCUCAGUGGCUGGUCUAGUGGGUUCAGUUUGCCCUCAGCUGGAAGUUACAGGAACGUCUUUCUUCUGCUUCUCACUGUCAGACGACUCUUCACCUGUCUCACCACCUGUCUCACUACCUGUACUCGUCAAGGGCAGCAGGCUAUGGUGGGCUCAGUGUGUGUGUGUGGGUCAGCGUGUGUGUGUGACGGCGCUGCGUGUGUGUGUCCUGCGAGGCUGGAGAGGAAACAACAUCCUGUGUGUGACCGAGUGCUCUGAAAUACACACCGACUACACACACCCUGCUGCGCCCCACACACACACUCCCGCUGUCACACCUGGCCCGCCGAUGAUGUCUCAGGUCGAAGGUGAGGACUGUGAGGAGGCGGGGCCUGAGAGAGACCCAGGCCAAUCAGCUGCCAGGGUGAAGAAGUCCCGAGUCAUCAGUUACCAGCUCCACCACGUCCACUUUCUGUACCGGCCCUGUCCCGACUUCCCUCCCAGCAUGCUUUGCACCUGCCUGCGCUCCAGCCUCAGGGUGACUUCAUUCAGCAGGGGGGGGCCGGCACCCACCUUCACCUGCCCUGGGGAUGGAGCGUUACUACAUUUACUGCUGCAGGGGGACAGGGGCGUGUCCGAAUUCCUAUGGAGCGCUCACCUGAGCUCCCAGCUGCAGCACAGUCUUGUCCCAGGUGUCUUGAAGCAGUGUGUGUGUGUUCUGUCCUGGAAGCUGAUGGAGUGUGUGUGGAGAGGACAAGAAGGACGGAGGAGAGACAUCUAUUGCGAGAUGCUAGACGAGCCUCACACCUGUCCUCUGUCUCAGUACCGGACGGACCCAGCUGUCCCUCAGGUCUUCAGUGUCUCUGCACUGUUGAAGGUCCCACAGAUGGACAGCUGGUCCUCAGUGUCUCUGCUGCCCCCUGGUGGGGGUCUGUCCUCAGAGCAGAUCAACUCAGCGCUGUCAUGGUCCUACAGGACGCUGACCUCUGACCCCCCCAGAGACACAAACAGGAGACCCCUCCUGCUGGUGGGGGUCCUGGAGCUGCCCUCUCUGGCGGGACAGACGCUGCAGCUCAGAGACGUGACGGGGGCCGUGGCCUGCGUCAUCACGGAAACCAGUGAGGGGGGGGGUCAGAGGGCAGCCUUCAACACUGCAUGGAUAGGUUGUCUGGUAUGUGUGGAGAGGUUCACCAUGGUAACGGAGAGAUUCCUUCAAUCAGAUUUCCCCUCAGACCAACAUCUGGACCAGGACAAGUACAUCAGACACACACACUGCAGGGUCUACCUGCAGUUUUCUCUGGACCAGCUCCACAUCCUGAGCCCGUCCAUUGCCAUGGAGACUCACCUGAGGGGGGCGGAGCCAAGCUGUGAUGUCACAGAGGAAGAGGAGGAGCCGUGUAGCAGCAAGAGAAGAAGAGGAGACCCGCGGCCCUGCGUCUCCAGGGUGAUCAGGGUGCAGCAGAAAGAGGGCGUGGCCUGGAGGAACCCGGGGGCGGGGUCACAUCAGGAGGAGGCGGGGCUAACCGCAAGCUUCUCCGUCACAGCUGCUGUGAUUGGUCCGGUGGUCAGCUGGGGUCGGGACCCGAAGAACAGACCAAUGGCAGACAGGGAGACGGAGUCAGAGAGUGAGGACAAGCAGCUGGUCCUGGUUUUCUCCGGUGUGUGUGCUCGAUGGUUUCCUGUCCUGCAUCCUGGAUGUGUGUACAGACUGAUCGCUGCUCACUCUCAGGAUCCCAGUGUUCUGAUUGGCUGUGGAGUCUCUGAGCGGAGGGGGGUGGAACUCCACGCUCACUCCACCCUCCAGGUGCGACCUGAUUGGAGGUUCCACACUGUGACCCGCCCCCUGCUGCACACCUGCACACAGGCUCGCUCGCCCAGCGUCAUGACUCUCUCUCAAGUCCUGGACUGCAGCUCAGACGUGGUGUGUUUUCAGGCUCAGGUUUCAGACAGGAUCAGUGUGAAGCGCAGAGACUCUGCAGCAGGUGUGUGUGCAGGUGUGUGUGCAGGUGUUCGGCUCACAGUCUGUGAUCAGACUGGGUGUAGUCUGCAGGUGUACCUAGACCUGAGCCACACCCCCUACCCACCUGGACUGUUGCCUGGCAACACACUGCUGCUGUCUGCUUUCCAGAGGAGAGAAUCCAGGUGGGGGGGGGUGUACUGCAGUGACCUGCCUGUCAGCUCAGUGACGGUCACCUCUCUGGGAGACUCCAGCUGUGUGAGCCCUCCUCCUGCUCCCAUGAUGCACCUGGGUGUGUGGGUAGGGAGCAGGGAGCAGAGGUGCACUGUGGGUCGGGUCAGAGGUCACGUGGUGUGUCUGUUGCUGCUGCAGCUGAGGUGGAGCUGCUCGCUGUGCGGAGGGCUCUACACACAGUCUUGUUCCAGCACUCCGUGUGGGUCCUCCUCGUCUGUCUUUCAGUCCACAGUGAAGCUGGUGAUUGAUGACGGAACAGGUGAAGCUCACGUCUGGUUCUCAGGUGCUCAGGUCCGUGCUCUGCUGGGAUUGGCUGAUUCUCAGUGGGAGGGGCUUCAGAGAGCGCUGCAGGUCAGAGGUCACAUCCGAAUCUACCCUCGGGGGCGGAGCCUGGUGUGUGACUCAGAGGACCCUCUCCUCCACUUCCUGUUGUGUGUGUGCAGCAGUGAGGUGGUGUGUCGUCAGCUGUCUCUCACCUGCCGGAAACAGAAUGCUCAGAGAUCAGAAGAGAUGAAGAGGUUCAGCCGAGGAGGUCGAGACUUCAUGACCAGAGUGACUUCUCCUCUGCAGCUCACCUGUACACACAUAAGCUCUGACUGACCUCACCUGUACUCACCUGUACACACAUCAGCUCUGACUGACCUCACCUGUACUCACCUGUACACACAUCAGCUCUGACUGACCUCACCUGUACACUCAGACUAACCUCACCUGUACACUCUGCCAGGAAGUGGUCCACAGCUCACCUGUAUGAAUGCAUACUGCCAGGUGUCCAGGAUAUGUUGUUAUGUUAUUAAACCCUCACUUCUCAUGAA